UCUUUUUUUCUUUGGAGAUUUGGAGACACAAACAAACCCAAUCGCCCCAAUCGAUACAUUUUCAUUCUAUUCAUUUAUUGAUUUAUUUCAGAGAUAGGAAUUGAAGGAAUGAGAACCAGAAGUGGAUUUUGUUAUACGAAUCCAGAGAAAAGGAGUAAAGAGAAUUGCGCCGCCGGAGAACGUCGGAAAAGGUCGAAGCUUAAUAAUGUCGGGAAAUCCGACUUGUUCGAUUCCUUGCCGGACGACAUCGUCCUCUCAAUUCUUUCCAAACUCAGUUCCGAUGCCGAGUGUCCCGCCGAUUUCAUUAGCGUUCUGCUCACAUGUAAAAGGCUUAAUGGAUUGGGAGUCCAUUCCAUGGUGUUAUCCAAAGCUUCGAAGAAAAUGGUGGCCGUAAAAGCUCAGAGCUGGUCCCACUCGGCUCACCGCUUCCUCAUGCUCUGCGCCGAUGCCGGAAACGUUGAAGCUUGCUACAUUCUUGGCAUGAUUCGGUUCUACUGUAUGGAAAAUCGAGGGAGCGGAGCGUCGCUGAUGGCAAAAGCGGCGAUUGGAUCGCACGCGCCGGCGCUUUACUCUCUGGCCGUUAUUCAGUUCAACGGCAGCGGCGGCUCCAAGAACGACAAGGACCUCCGAGCCGGGGUGGCCCUCUGCGCCCGGGCCGCUUUUCUCGGCCACGUCGACGCCCUCCGUGAGCUGGGCCACUGUCUCCAAGACGGCUACGGCGUGAAGCGGAACGUCACCGAGGGGCGGCGGUUCCUCGUCCAAGCCAACGCUCGCGAGCUGGCCGACUCCCUCGCCGCCAAGCCGGCUCUGUUCAGCGGCUCGUGGCUUACGUGGGACCCACUUUCCCACCAGCGCUCGGCCGGCUGCCCCUUGUUGAGUGAUUUCGGGUGUAAUAUUCCGGCUCCGGACCCUCACCCGGCUAACAACUUCUUAACAGACUGGUUCGCUGCUAAAGACGAUGGGGCUCCGGGUUCGGGGCUCCGAUUGUGCUCUCACCCGGGUUGCGGAAGACCCGAGACCCGGGUGCAUGAGUUUAGGAGGUGCUCCGUCUGCGGCGCAGUGAAUUACUGCUCCAGGGCUUGUCAGGCCAUGGAUUGGCGGUCUCGCCAUAAGUCCGAAUGUGCACCGGCGGAACGGUGGCCCGGUGAAAUUGCUCCGGCGCCGGCGCCGGCGAAUGUUAUUCAUGGAGAGGCUGUGGUAGUCGUAGAUAAUCAUCAGACGGCAGUUAGUUAACGGUGACGGAAACCUGAUAACUCCGCACCAAAUAGGGAGGCUAAAAUUGUACUUUCGAUUCUUGUAAUAGUCAAUGUUUUGUAUAGUCAGAUCGGGACGGGUUUACGAAUGAUGUGUCAGGAGGAAAUAGUAGCAAAUUGCCAAAUUACAUUAUGACCUAAAAAUUGGAUAUCUGGACAAAAUAUUUGCAAAAA